AUGCCGCUCAGCAGCGUUCCUAUCCCGUCCUCUCCCGUCUCCACCCCGCCUACUUUUCUACCCGUCGUCCCCCGCGAGGACCAGAGGUUGGCACCGAGGGGGCCGAGUUCAGGUGGCGGCGCCGGGCGCAGCGCAAGGGUCACGGCGACGGCGGCUGACGGCUGGAAGGGCAGGCUUGCUUCGCCGCUUUGGACAAACUACAUUCAUGGGUGGCAGGAUCGUUGGGUAGUUUUGAAAAAUAAUACUCUGAGUUACUACAAAUCUGAAGAUGAGACAGAGUAUGGCUGCAGGGGAUCCAUCUGUCUUAGCAAGGCUGUGGUCACGCCUCAUGAUUUUGAUGAAUGUCGAUUUGAUAUUAGUGUAAAUGAUAGUGUUUGGUAUCUUCGUGCUCAGGAUCCAGAUCAUAGACAACAAUGGAUAGAUGCCAUUGAACAGCACAAGACUGAAUCAGGAUAUGGAUCUGAAUCCAGCUUACGUCGACAUGGCUCAUUGGUGUCACUGGUGUCUGGAGCAAGUGGCUAUUCUGCAACAUCCACCUCUUCAUUCAAGAAAGGCCACAGUUUACGUGAGAAAUUGGCUGAAAUGGAGACCUUUAGAGACAUCCUGUGUCGACAAGUUGAUACUCUUCAGAAGUACUUUGAUGUCUGUGCUGAUGCUGUCUCCAAGGAUGAACUUCAAAGGGAUAAAGUGGUAGAAGAUGAUGAAGAUGACUUUCCUACAACACGUUCUGAUGGCGACUUCUUGCAUAAUACCAAUGGCAAUAAAGAAAAGUUAUUUCCACAUGUAACACCAAAAGGAAUUAAUGGCAUAGACUUUAAAGGGGAAGCAAUAACCUUCAAGGCAACUACUGCUGGAAUUCUUGCUACACUUUCUCAUUGUAUUGAAUUAAUGGUAAAACGUGAGGAAAGCUGGCAAAAGAGACUAGAUAAGGAAGCUGAGAAGAGAAGAAGAACAGAAGAAGCAUGCAAAAAUGCAAUGACAGAACUUAAGAAAAAAUCCCACUUUGGAGGACCAGAUUAUGAAGAAGGCCCAAACAGUCUGAUUAAUGAAGAAGAGUUCUUUGAUGCUGUUGAAGCUGCUCUGGACAGACAAGAUAAAAUAGAAGAACAGUCACAGAGUGAAAAGGUCAGAUUACAUUGGCCUACAUCCUUGCCAUCUGGAGAUGCCUUUUCUUCUGUGGGGACUCAUAGAUUCGUCCAAAAGCCCUAUAGUCGCUCUUCCUCCAUGUCUUCCAUUGAUCUAGUCAGUGCCUCUGACGAUGUUCACAGAUUCAGCUCCCAGGUUGAAGAAAUGGUGCAGAACCAUAUGACUUACUCAUUGCAGGAUGUAGGUGGAGAUGCCAACUGGCAAUUGGUUGUAGAAGAAGGAGAAAUGAAGGUAUACAGAAGAGAAGUAGAAGAAAAUGGGAUUGUUCUGGAUCCUUUGAAAGCUACUCAUGCAGUUAAAGGUGUUACAGGACAUGAAGUCUGCAAUUAUUUCUGGAAUGUUGAUGUUCGCAAUGACUGGGAAACAACUAUAGAAAACUUUCACGUGGUGGAAACGUUAGCUGAUAAUGCAAUCAUCGUUUAUCAGACGCACAAGAGAGUAUGGCCUGCUUCUCAGCGAGAUGUACUGUAUCUUUCUGCUAUUCGAAAGAUACCAGCCUUGACCGAAAAUGACCCUGAAACUUGGAUAGUUUGUAAUUUUUCUGUGGAUCAUGACAGUGCUCCUCUAAAUAACCGAUGUGUUCGUGCCAAAAUAAAUAUUGCUAUGAUUUGUCAAACCUUGGUAAGCCCACCAGAGGGAGACCAGGAGAUCAGCAGGGAAAACAUUCUAUGCAAGAUUACCUAUGUAGCUAAUGUUAAUCCUGGAGGAUGGGCACCAGCCUCAGUGUUAAGGGCAGUGGCAAAGCGAGAGUAUCCUAAAUUUCUAAAACGUUUUACUUCUUAUGUGCAAGAAAAAACUGCAGGAAAGCCUAUUUUAUUCUAGUAUUAACAGUGACUGAAGUAAGGCUGUGUGACAUUCCAUGUUGAAGAAAAAAAAAGUUGAAUGCUCUGAGCUGGAACAUAGGAUCUACAGCCUUGUUUGUGGCCCAACACCUUGAGCUUGUGUACAAAACUGAAGAAAUACUGCAAUAGUAAAGCUGAGCAUCUAACACUAGCUGUCCUCCUGAUAGAUCUCCUUGCUCAGCAUGUGCUAUAGAUACAUGUGCAAUUACAUGUGCGUGGCUAUAUUUUUAUUUGCUUACUCCUAGAGGAAAAAAAAUCAACUGUCAAUCACAACUAGGAAUUGAUGCUUUAAUUUUGGAGAACUUUUUCAGAAUUUUUCAUUUACUAUGGUCCAGUAUAAGAUCCUCAGUUUUAUCAGGUUUUGUGCACAAAAGUGGAAUGCACAUGGGCAUGUGCUUUCUGUGUACCGGAUACUCAGAUGGGGUUCUUUCUUCAGGCCUACAGUCAAAUCUGUGUCCAAAAUUUUUUUUGAAUUUUUUGCUUUGUAUAAUCAUAGAAUUCAUUGCUGCUGAUUUCUAUAAUGAUUGGUGGUGUUAUGUAAGUGUCUUACAUAACUGAGGGCUGUCAGUAACCUGUGAUUUUGCCUUUUCUAUUCUUGCUCAUAUGAAGAACCUUGGUUCUGAUGGAGAAAGAGUGAAAAGCUUUAUCCAUCCCCCCAUACCUUUAUAAUUCUGUUGUAUUUUUUAGUUAUGUACUGUGUGCUACAGAUUUUUUCAGUUUGUCACAAACACAGUUUAGUAAUCCUUAAAUUGGCUCUGCCUGCCUUCAGACAGAAACAUCUAUACAAAUCUUGUGGGUAUUGAAUGCUUUCUGGUAAAACGAUCAGGAUAAGAUGAGCUUAUGUUUUUCUGAAAUUUGUAGCAGAAUAUACAGUAUACUUGUUAAGGCAAAUAGGCCUGU